AUGUUUGUGAUCAGGUAUGGAGACGAGGCAGGACAAGCUGCAGACACUGCAGUCCAUUCUGCUGUCAAUGUAGGUAUCACAGCAUUUAAUGUGGACAACCUGGGCAUCAAGGGUAUAUUGAAGACCAAAGGCAAGCACACUGCAAAAGCAAUGUUAUCGUCCUUUCCAGGGCCGUCCUCAGCUGACGCAGGGCCCAGUGCGAGAUGGGAGAAAUUGAUCUCAGAAAUUGAGUUAUCACAACUGCAAGCAGAAGUCGAGCAAGAGAGAGAGGUCAAGGAGAUGUUACAUGACUCCAUGUCUGACCUGAGGAGCACACUGGCGGAUUUGGAGAAGACACUUCACAGUGUAGAUGGAGAAGAUCGACUGGCGUCUAUUCGCUCAUAUGAUGAAAUAUCAGAAGAUGCUCUCAGACAGAGGCUGAAAUUGCUGUCUAGUGAGAAGAGUGGCCUUCAAUCCCAAAUGAUGGAUUUCCAAAUGAGAAUUGUGCAGGAAGGAAAGAUUUACCAGAAAGUCUAUGAAGAGAGGCGGGCAUAUCUUGAAGAGAUUGCAAAGCUGUCCUCAACGCUGGAUAUGAGCAGAAAGCAGCAGAUGGUUCAAGCCCGGAGGACAGCACUGGGUCCAGACAAAACUGAAAUGUGA